AUGAGGCUCCAGCUGGAGAAGCAGCUCCUCUUCCUCUCCCUCCUCUGCAUCCUCUCCAAGGUGUGUGCCCAGCUGUGUCGGAGACCAUGCUACUGUCCCUGGGUGCCACCUCGCUGCCCCCGUGGGUCCCCCCUGGUCCUGGAUGGCUGUGGCUGCUGCAAGAUCUGUGCCCGGCGCCUGGGAGAGCCCUGUGACUUCCUCCACGUCUGUGACCAGAGCCAGGGCCUCGUCUGUGACUACAGCACAGCACCUGCAGGGACAGGAGCCACCUGCAACUUUGAAGAUGAUGAGGAGGGCUGCGAGGUGAAUGGCCGAGUCUAUCGAGAUGGGGAGAUUUUCCAGCCCAGCUGCAAACUCCAGUGUCGCUGCCUGGACGGAGGUUUCACCUGCAUCCCGCUCUGCCAGGAGGAUGUCCGACUGCCUACCCCAGACUGCCCCUACCCGCGGCGUGUGGAGAUCCCAGGGAAGUGUUGUCCUGAGUGGAUCUGUGAAGCCCAGGACCAGAACCUCCUCCAGGAUGCCAGAGCAGGUGAGAUGGAGGCCCCUGGGGCAGUGUCCCCGCUGCUGCCAUACCCCUGCCAGGAGUGGAGCACAGAGUGGAGUGCCUGCUCAGCCACCUGUGGCAUAGGCUUUGCCACCCGUGUCUCCAACCAGAAUCGCUACUGCCGACUGGAGACCCAGAGACGGCUCUGCAUGGCCAGACCCUCACUGGUGGUUUGGCAGAGCUUCGGCAAGUGA